AUGGUUUCAACACGCGCAAGAUCCCUUGGGAACCAACCCGAAUCCUCUACCACCUCCGACGACCACAAUGCCCGAUUGCAACAGUUAAACGAUCAAAUCCGUGAACGAGAGCAACAGUUAGCUAUUCUGCACGCGCAACAACGCCUCAACGAGUUGGAAGCACAGAUUCGCGAAGAUACUUUUAUCGAGUCCCGACCAACCCCGGAUAUCGCCGCAGAACCGCCGCAAAAUCGACCCGCAGACAAUAUGGAUGAUGAUAACGAAACACCGCCGAGAUUGGAGAUUAAGGAUUACUAUCGAGGAAAGAAUAUGUUAGAAUUUAAGGACUAUAAAGAUCGCAUGUUGACUCUCUUUGCACGCCACCGUCUAUAUUAUCGAAAAGAAGAACGCAAGAUAAACGACGCCAAACUCUACCUUGAUGCCCACGUUAAGCAGAAGUGGUUGAAUUUUGUAUCAGCAUAUGAGAGACGCGGAGGAGCAACACCGUUAACAUUCGACGAUAUGCUAUCACACCUAGAGAUGCAAAUUAACGACCCGCAGAAUCAGCGUCGAUUGGCGAGCCAAAGAUUCCAGGAUGCUAAGCAACAGGAGUGGCAGUCGAUACGCGACUUUUCUAAAUAUCUCGAAGAUUGGGAGUAUUACUUACCCCCAUACAGCGAGGAACAGAGAAUGGAUAACCUGCGUACUGCAAUGAAGAUUAUCGAUGAUGAACAUGUCCUUCGGGAAGGAUUCCACCAUUUCGAAGAAGCCGACAUCAGCGGAUACGAUGUAAUUCUGGGUAUGCCAUGGUUGCAAGCUGCGAACCCCGACAUUGACUGGGUGCGAAGAUGCUGGACCUAUAGGAAAGCGUCAAAUAUUAGCCAUGUGCACCUAGAUACCGCUAAGGAAUUUGCAACUUUAAUGGACGACAGCAACAUUAUAUUUGCCGCCUUUCCAUUGCGAGCUGCGCACGCAGCGACUGAGCCAAAUAUCCCGGAUGAUUAUAAGGAUUAUCUUGAUGUAUUCCGAGAAGAUAUACCUGACGCGGAACACGCACCCCACGAUCAUGCCAUAGAUCUCAAACCUGGCAAGGAACCACCGUACCGACCGAUAUAUAACCUGUCACCUCAAGAACUCUCCGUCCUCCGAGAAUAUAUCGAAAAGGCAUUAGAGAAGAAUUGGAUACGCCCGUCCAAGAGCCCAGCCGGUGCCCCAGUAUUAUUCGCACCGAAGAAAGACGGAACCCUGCGUCUUUGCGUAGAUUAUCGAGGGUUGAACGAAAUAACAGUCAAGAAUCGGUAUCCGCUGCCCCUGAUAAGUGAAAUACUCGAUAGAUUAGCAGGUGCCAAAAUAUACACACAAUUGGAUCUUAGGGACGCGUAUCAUAGAAUCCGCAUACGAGCGGGGGAUGAAUGGAAAACGGCAUUUCGAACACGAUACGGACACUUUGAGUAUCUGGUUUUACCCUUUGGGCUAACUAACGCCCCUGCGACCUUCCAAUCUUAUAUCAACAAAGCCCUCAGUGAUAUUUUGGACGUAUAUUGCGUGGCUUAUCUUGACGAUAUCGUAAUCUAUUCGAAUACGCUUGACGAACACGUCGCCCAUGUUAAGAAUGUGCUGGAACGUUUAAGGCGAUGGAGACUAUAUGUGAAACUUAUUCUCGAUAAUAACGGCACCCCUGACUGA